CAGGACAGGGAGGUGCCUCCCAUAGUGAUUUUUAGAGAGCUGCCAAGGAAGGUGAAGGGAUCACUCAACCAGGAAGAAGUAGCUCAGAGCUGAAGGAAACUCCAGAGACUCAGAAGAGGCACAUUAUGUGCACACGACUUCUUGGCAAAGAUGUACGUGGGUUAUCUUUUGGAUAAGGACAACAACAUGUACCCCAAUCCUGUCAGGCACCCCAGCCUCAAUUUAAAUCCUCAGAACUAUGUACCUGCACCCCCUCAGUAUUCUGAUUUCCCCAGCUAUCAUCAUGUCCCUGGGAUUAACAGUGAUCCACACCACGGGCAACCAGGUGGCACCUGGAGCUCUUAUAACCCCAGCAGAGAAGACUGGUACCCCUAUGGACUAGGACCUGUUGCUUCUUCAGCUAAUCCAACACAGAUCGCUUUCAGUCCCACUGACUAUAAUCCCGUGCAGCCAGCAGGAUCUGUACUUCUACCUCCUUCUAUAAAUUCUUCUGUUCCCCCUCUGUCCCCCAGUGCACAAAGGCGCAACCCCUAUGAAUGGAUGAGGCACACAGGGGUCCCCAACAACACCACCACCAACAAUGGUAAGACAAGAACAAAAGAUAAGUAUCGUGUGGUCUAUACAGACAUCCAGCGCCUUGAAUUAGAAAAGGAAUUUCAUUACAGCCGAUAUAUAACGAUCCGCAGGAAGGCGGAACUGGCAGCUGCACUGGUGUUAACGGAACGGCAGGUAAAAAUCUGGUUCCAAAAUCGUAGAGCAAAAGAAAGGAAGGUAAACAAGAAAAAAAUGCAGCAGCAAAGUCAACAGGCCCCCACAACCACUCCAACCCCACCAUCAGUUGGUACCACUGCUGGAAUGGGAGGGCUUUGUAGCAGCAGCAGCAGCUAUAGCAAUUUGGUAUCUCCAUCCUCAAUGCCUAGCAAGGAAGAAUAUCAUUCGUAAGGUAUCAGCAGUCAGUGCACGUUUCUGGAGAACUUGCUGCCAGCCAGUUUUCUCAAAGGAGAACCAUCAAAUUAAUUUCCCCAGCUACAGAAUGCUGCAAGACAGGACUGGUGAACUUUAAUUGUGGAUCUAGCAGCAGUUUACUCUAUCACUGCAGAGCAGACAGUAAUCAUGCCCUACAUGUAUAAAUAGAGAAAAUCGCUCUGUGUGUACUUUAUUGCCCAGGAAUUGGACUUUAUCUUCUCUUCAUUCUUGUUACUGAAUACUUAAUGAAAGGCCUAAUUGAAAAGGCAUAUUUUUUACGUGCUUAACAGUAGCAUAUUUUUUUUUCUUUUUGAUAAAAAAGCAUUUUUGUAUAAUUUCCAAGUAGGGCAUCUCCAUAAGUGAUAAAGUAGAAUUUUAUUUCUUGAUCACAGCCUUGUCUUAUAUUGUAAUCUCCAUUCUCCAUAUGAUUCCAGCUGAGCCAACAUCACUCCCAAAGAAAGGAAAACAAAACUGAUUCCUGUCUUAUCACUUUAAACAAUAUGUAAGAAAUGAAGGAGUGCUGAUUUGUGUUUCAAACUCUUCUUUUACUUGUUCUAACUUGUGUGUAUGUAUAUGUAUAUAUACAUUUAUAGGUACUGUUUAUAAACUGCAUCUAGACUGAUUUGAAGAGUGCAGUCAUCUUUGGACUUAGGGGUAGGGUCACGGUCUAUGCCAGGUUGGAGUACAUGUUAUCCUAAUGGAAUCUGCACCUCCCUGUCUUCCUAACACACCAAUGUAUUUACAAACGUAUUCCAGAAAGCCCAUGGCUGUCACCAGUUUUGACCCCACAUUUGUAAGAAUAUUGAAAAAAAUAUGUUUAUUAUUUACAUUUCUAUUCAGUCACACACAAACAAAAAGAGUUUGCUAAUUCAGAUUUUUUUUUUUAGAACACUCUGACCCAACAUGCAUGCCCAGGGUGCUCUGUGCUGAACUAAUAGAUCUAUUCUUUAGUGGCUAGUUUGUCUUUUAAUAUCCAUGGUUAGAUUGGCCAAAGAAGCAGUGAAUGAAUUCAGCAAUGAGACCAAACAGCUGUUUUUACCAUAUGUUUCCACCUUUAGAGCAGGUUUAAAGAUUCUAUGGUUGAUCAGAAUUUAUCAAAAUAAAAUAGCAAACUAUUAAUUUAACUAUUGGAAUUAUUGUAUAUAUAAUAAUAUAUAUUGCCAGUCUUCUACGAAGGUAUUACUGGUCCCGUAAUAGCCAUUUUCCAUUUAGCAGCCUGUCCACCAGUUCAUUAUCAUGUUCCACAGGCCUUCCAUUGUGUUUGUAACUAUUUAAGGCAGAAGAAAGUAUAGCCUAGUCAUCCAAGAGGCAUGUCCUGACAAAUUUGGGCCAUAAAUUACAUUUUCUAUAACAAGGGAGAUUUUCCUAGGUUUUUACUAACCCUUAAACAUAAAUACUAUAGGCAAAGCAAAGUCUGCAUUCAGAAUUAGGUGGCCAUACAUAGCAUGAUGUGCCAAGUUCCAAUUUAACCUGCAUACAUGGAUUGCCAUUUUGCAGUGGGCAAUGACUACAUGUCUGAGCAUUUCCAGGUCGGUGAUGACCUGAUACAGUAUAUGCUAUAUGAAUUGGGUCAUCUGUCUGCCUAGAGUUUAACUGAUUGUUUUAAGGGCCACAUCAUACAGUAUAUAAAUAUCAUACAGUUUUACAUUCAACAUCCUCUACAAGUAUGGCUUGCUUUACAAAUCAUUUUAUAGCAAUAAGUAAAAACCCUGCAACUGAAGAACCAUUUAAAACUAUCCUCUUAAUAUUUCCAUUUGAAAAGUACAAAUGUAAAUGUUAAUAACUGAAAUUAACCCUUUAAAUUAAUUUAAUAAAUCGUUUGUGGAUUCAUUUGACCAUAUACAGUAAGACUCUUUGAAUGUUAAUAAUACGGAACUAUAAUAUUUAUAAUAAUAGCUCAUAUUCACUAACUUCAUAAACCAGAGACAGCACAUUUUCGUUCAUAUAUGUUUCAUGGGCUAAAACUGGGACUUUCUGUAUUUUGGGGGAUUUACUCCGCAUUAUAAAUGUUAAUUUUUAUGAGCUCUUUUUCUUUGCUAACAUAUGGAUCUUUUGAGGUCAAAUAAUAAAUCUAUUUAUUUUUUGGUGUAAA